UGACACCUCUGAGGCUGAGGUACCUGCUCAGUCCAAAACUAAAAAAACUAAGGCAAUGCGAUCUGCCAGAUUUAACAAUGCAGAGAAUGAUGCAUUAAUCGACGGUGUUGACAAAUUUUAUGACAAGCUUUUAGGUAAUCACUCUGCUAAAACUCAUCCGAGUGAAAAGAUGAAAAUAUGGAGGAAAGUUGCAGAUAAUGUUACUGCAGUUUCUGGUGUAGUCAGGGAAGUAGAUAUAUGUAAAAAAAGAUACAGUGAUUGCAGGAGAUGCACCAAGAAAAAAAUUGCCAAACAGCAUAAUUAUAAAAAAGGUACAGGCGGAGGACCGGCAUUGGACAUAACUUGGCUGCCCUGGGAAGAAAAAAUCAUGCAGAGAAUGAAUCCGGCUAUGGUUCAGGGCUUGCCAGCAAGCAUAGGUAGCAGCAUUUCCAGGCCUGCUAUAAGCACAGAUAUAAGAGAAUCAAUGGAAAAACAUCAAGGUCCAUCCACAAGUGGUACUGCUCACAGACACUCUCGGCCUUCAGUCUCAAGUCAGGCACAAAAACAUACUACUUUCGAAGGUGGAAUUCGAGAAAGAACUCGUAAAGACAGUCAAGAAGGCAGACCGAGUAAAAAAAUACGCACUGCAGAUGUUGAAAAAAGGCCAAAAUACCAUCAACCUAAACAAGCAAGGAUGGCAUCAAUGGUCAGCAGAAUACACACUGAAGAAGGAAACAUGCAGACAGAUUCCUACAUAAUCCAGGUAAAUGGAUCUUCAGUCCACCCUAAGGUCCUCGACGUACACGUCAAUAUUCAGAGUCCCAAUGGCAUUGAGAAGCUCAAAAGCCGAAAAGCAAGAUGGGGAGUUCGGGCAUCAGAGAUGUCGAAAAAAACAUUCAAUCCUAUCCGAGCCAUUGUGGAUACCAUGAAGGCCAAACCCAAUCCCAACAAGCCAAUGAUCUCCUUGUCUAUAGGAGACCCCACAGUAUUUGGCAAUCUGCCGACUGAUCAUCAGGUCACUAAAGCUAUGAAAGACGCUAUUGACUCUCAGAAAUAUAACGGUUAUGCUCCAAGCAUAGGAUACCAGUCAAGCCGGGAAGUGAUUGCUAAGUACUACACAUGCCAGGAAGCGCCUCUGGAAGCUAAGGACGUCAUCCUGACAAGCGGUUGCAGCCAAGCCAUUGAGCUUGCUUUGGCGGUACUGGCCAAUCCUGGUCAGAACAUCCUGGUUCCAUGUCCUGGUUUUUCCCUCUACAAAACAUUGGCUUUGUCUCUGGGGGUGGAAGUGAAGCUCUACAAUUUAAAUCCGGAGAAAUCCUGGGAGAUCGAUCUAAAACACAUGGAGUCUCUGGUGGAUGACAAAACAGCCUGUAUCAUCAUCAAUAACCCGUCUAAUCCCUGCGGCUCUGUCUUCAGCAAGAAACACUUGCAAAAAAUUGUGGCCGUGGCCUCCAAGCAAUGCGUGCCCAUCCUGGCGGAUGAGAUUUAUGGUGACAUGGUCUUUGAGUAUGGAGCAUUUCAAGCUCUUGCUCCCCUGAGUACGAAUGUGCCGGUUUUGUCGUGUGGCGGUCUGGCUAAACGCUGGUUGGUGCCAGGAUGGAGAAUGGGAUGGAUUCUAAUUCAUGAUCGGAAAGAAAUAUUUGGCAAAGAGAUCAGAGAAGGCCUUGUGCGGCUAAGUCAGAGGAUCCUUGGGCCAUGCACCAUUGUCCAGGGAGCACUAGACCACAUCAUAAGCAGGACACCACAGCAUUUCUAUGACAACACCAUAAACUUCAUCAAGUCUAAUGCAAACUUGUGCUACAGGACACUCUCCUCUGUCCCUGGACUCUGCCCUGUCCGUCCUGCUGGAGCCAUGUACUUAAUGGUUGGGAUUGACAUGGAACAUUUUCCAGAAUUUGAGAGUGAUGUUGAUUUUACAGAAAGAAUGAUCUCUGAACAGUCUGUCUUCUGCCUCCCUGCUACUUGUUUUGAAUAUCCCAACUACUUCCGGGUCGUUCUCACGGUUCCAGAGGAAAUGAUGGUUGAGGCCUGCCGACGCAUCCGGGAAUUCUGUAAAGAGCAUUAUCAGGGUGGAGAGGCCACACUGGACCUGGAAUGUGACAAAUAGAUGAAAACCUGGGACAUUCUCUAUAUGAGCCUUCCAGCUAAUCCUCAAUGACUCCACUUGCCAGGCCUCCUUCAGCUGGCAUCCAAGUGUCAGUAUGCCAUUGUUCUGUGACCCCAAGACUCAGCAUGCUGUCAUGGUAGCACCCCCAAGUGUCAGUUUGGCAUUGUACGGGGACUCCCAAAUGUCAGUGUGCUACCCUUGGGGACCACCAAAUGUGUACCCCAAGAUAAGCAGUUCCAAUGGAGCGUAUUGCAAAUCUGAUAAUCAGAAGUCUACACAAAUACAUACUGUGCUCCUGAUUUAGGACUUAGGUAGGCAGGCUAUACCUCCCUAGAUUACACGUAAGCAACCUGUGAAGCUUCAGCUGCUGUUGAACUACUAAUUUCAGCAUGCCGUUGUUGCAGAAAAGGUGCCGCAGGACGUUUACCUCUGCCUAGACCAAAAAUUGUCUUAGCGUCACCCAUGUCUGACGCUACAGUACAGAAGUAUUAAGAGGUCACAGGACAGCACAUGUUUUAUUCAGCCACUUUAUACAACCUCAUUAUAUAGUCUGCGUGCCUUUCCUUUACGCUACCAGUUAUACCUUCAGGUGGUUCAUUACCAGUAUAUUUAUUACAGGAUGAGAGAAAUCCUUUUAUGUUAUUUUUGCCGGCUGUCCCGGCUGCUCAUUAUCCAUAGUGCAAUAUAGCACAUUGGACAUAAUCUUCCAUACAGUGUCACUUUUUACAUAUAUGUGCUAUAUCACAUUCUCUAAGUGCAUGCAGUCUUCCUAUACUAUAUAUCUAUUUUAAAUUAAAUAAGUUAUUGUGUGUUUUGUAUGAAUAAAUAUUGUUUUCAUUGUAAACGG